AUGCCCUCCAUAAGCACAUCGCAGUUGUACCCUUCCUAUGCAAGCUCCACAAAGCAUAAGAAGACCGGAUCUACCAUGGCCUCCAACGACACAUCAAAAUCAGACUCUUCAACAAGCUCCAAAAAGUUUUCAGAUUCCCUGAACAACCUCCCAAAGCACAGUCCGCUGCAGGGUUAUCGCGAUACCAGACCAACAGAUGACACUUGGAGCCAAUUUACCGCGCGAACGUCCAGCACAUCUGCCCUUGGGGACCCCAGGCGAUGA